GACCAUAGCUCAGGAAAGUUUCUUCAGAUAAUCUCGUUUCUUAUUUUCUUAUUAAUUUUUCUUGUCACAAUUAUAGUACCAAAUGGGAAAGUUUACAAGGUCCUGGGAAAACAAGCUAUAAGCGUCUCAAUUCGUUCGUCAUCACAAAUAUAAUAUAUUGAUUAUCGUAUCAAUGCAUGCAUUGCUUAUGAAAUCAAGUGAGCUGGAAUAAAAUCUGCGAAAAUGGGAGUCCAAGCCAUGGAAGCCCUGAGCGAGAAAGCGGCUUUCAUGAGGGAGUCGUUGGAAAAGAGCCAGAACAUCACCGAUAGCAUGGUCUCCAUUCUUGGCUCUUUUGAUCAUCGCCUCUCCGCUCUUGAGACAGCCAUGCGUCCCACCCAGAUACGAACUCAUUCGAUGCGGAGAGCACAUGAGAACAUUGAUAAGACGCUCAAGUCGGCUGAAAACGUAUUGAAUUUAAUCGACAAUGCGCGUCAGGCGGAGGCUAUAAUCAAGAAGGGCCCCCAUGAGGAUCUGGAAGGUUACUUGGAAGCAAUUGCCCAACUAAGAAAAAUCAUCAAACGUUUCACCGGUAAUAAAAACCUUAAGACCAGUAUUGAGGUGAUUAGUAGCGUCACCAACACACUUGCAAGAGCUACUAUGCAGUUGGACGAUGAAUUCAAGCAGCUCCUAGCUCAGUACAGCAAACCUCUAGAGCCCGAUCGACUUUUCGAUUGCCUACCCCAGUCACUGCGACCAACAGCAGCAUCUCCUGCUCAAGAUGCCGGUGGAAAAAAGCAAUCAGAACAACAAAAUAAAAGUCAGGAAGCUGUUGUUUAUCGUAUACCGACUCUAAUUCCUCCCAGAAUCAUUCCACUGCUUCAUGAAUUAGCGCAUCAAAUGUUCAGCGCUGGACAUCAACAAGAACUUUUCAGCAUUUACAGUGAAACCCGUUCUGCAUCAAUGGAACAGAGCCUCAAAAAACUAGGUGUAGAACCACUUGGUAGAGAAGAUGUCCAAAAGAUGCCAUGGGAAGCUUUGGAGGCUAAAAUAGGGAACUGGAUACAUUUUAUGAGGAUUGCUGUCAAAUUGCUAUUUGCUGGGGAAAAGCAAGUCUGCGAUCAAAUUUUUGAAGGACUUGAAUCUCUUAGGGAUCAAUGCUUUGCUGAUGUUUGUGGUGAUAGUGUCUCCAUGCUCCUUUGCUUCGGAGAGGCUAUUGCAAGAAGCAAGAGAUCACCUGAGAAAUUGUUUGUCCUGCUAGACAUGUAUGAAAUAAUGAGAGAAAUCCUGCCAGAGUUCAACGAAAUUUUAGGGAGCAAACACUGUAAUGAAAUGCGAGAAGCUGCAAAGAAUUUGACAAAGCGGUUAGCCCAAACAGCCCAGGAUACAUUUGGUGAUUUUGAGGAAGCUGUAGAGAAAGAUGCUACAAAAACAGCAGUACUUGAUGGAACUGUCCAUCCCUUGACUAGCUAUGUGAUAAAUUAUGUGAAAUUUUUAUUUGACUACCAAUCAACUCUGAAGCAACUCUUCCAAGAGUUUGGUGGUGGUGAUCCCGAGGCCCAAUUGACAAGUGUUACAACACGGAUAAUGACAGCUCUUCAGAAUAACUUGGACGGGAAAUCUAAGCAAUAUAAAGAUCCUGCACUAACUCAGUUAUUUAUGAUGAAUAACACACACUAUAUAGUUAGAUCUGUGCGUAGGUCGGAUGCAAAAGAUUUUUUAGGUGAUGACUGGGUCCAGAUACACCGAAGAAUUGUGCAACAAUUUGCAAAUCAAUACAAAAGGAUUUCUUGGUCGAAGAUUUUGUCAUGUCUCUCCGUUGGUGGGUCAGGUGGUUCAUUUACAGGUGAUCCUCCAAGUAGUAGCAAUGUUUCAAUCUCAAGGGCAAAUGUAAAAGAGCGGUUUAAGACUUUCAAUAUUCAGUUUGAAGAACUUCAUCAAAGACAAUCUCAAUGGACAGUGCCUGACAGUGAGUUGCGUGAGUCUUUGAGGUUAGCUGUGGCGGAAGUCCUUUUGCCCGCCUACAGGUCUUUUAUUAAACGUUUCGGACCUCCGAUUAAAAAUGGAAAAAAUCCUCAGAAGUACAUCAGGUUCACUCCAGAGGAUCUUGAACGAAUGUUAGCAGAGUUUUUCGAGGGCAAGACCAUGGGUGAACAAAAGCGGUAGUCUCAAACAAAGAACAUUAUUAAUUUUAAGUUGGUUUAAUCAUAUAUAUAUUUAUUUGUAUAUUAAUGUGAUUAAAUAAAUGUGGCUUUUGCCUUGCUCAGCUUAGUAUACUUGAGAAUGCACCGUAGCCUUAAGUUGAAUAUCACUGUGGUCUGUGUAUCCUCUGUGUUUUUAAGUUCAACUGAUAUAGGCAAAAACUCCACCCCUGG